CAGACGAAGUUCUCCGGUUUCUCUCAGCUGAACCUUUUGUGGGGCUUUUACGAAAGCAGCUGCACAUCAUCAGGAAAGAAUAGAAUAAAGCAAACACCGCCUUAUAGUUUGAUGAGUGCAGUAGAUGUCAUCAUAUCCUGAUCAGGAGACGGUCGCAGCGCCUCCAGCGAAAAGACGGAAAACUUCUAACUCGGACGGUGUUACGAAUUCUUUGUCCCAAGAAAAUCAUUCAGCAGAAAAGGCCUCUAUGUCGGACGGAAGUAUGGACAAUCAAAUGCAGAUAGACGAAGGACUUUAUUCUCGGCAACUAUAUGUUCUUGGCCAUGAAGCCAUGAAAAAAAUGGCACUCUCCAAUGUACUCAUCUCAGGAUUGAAAGGACUUGGAGUAGAAAUUGCUAAAAACGUCGUACUGGGUGGCGUAAAGUCAGUAACCCUUCAUGAUUCAGGAAAUGUGGAAAUGUCAGACUUGUCCUCUCAGUUCUUUCUUCAAGGUGAGGACAUUGGAAAGAAUAGAGCAGAGGUUUCCUUGAGCAGAAUAUCAGAACUCAACAGUUAUGUCAAUAUGUCUGUUCAUGCCGGGCAGCUUACAGAAGAAUUUUUAGGACAAUUUCAGGUUGUAGUGCUUACCCAGUCUAGUCUAGAGGAACAAAUUUGGGCAGGUGACUUUUGCCAUGCAAGAGGAAUUAAGUUUAUUAUUGCCGACACAAGAGGAUUGUUUGGUCAAAUAUUUUGUGAUUUUGGUGAGAGUUUCACAGUUGUGGAUACAAAUGGAGAACAGCCUAUUAGCAACAUGAUUUCCUCUGUCACUAAGGAUGCAGAUGGUGUUGUGACUUGUCUGGAUGAACAAAGGCAUGGCUAUGAAUCUGGGGACUUUGUCACAUUCUCAGAAGUACAGGGAAUGACAGAAUUAAAUCAAUGUGAACCACGAAAAAUAAAAGUUUUAGGUCCUUAUACCUUCAGUAUUGGUGAUACGAGUGGGUUUACAGAUUAUCUUCGUGGUGGUAUUGCUACUCAAGUUAAAAUGCCCAAAAUAGUCAAAUUUAAAUCAUUUAGUGAGUCUCUCAUGGCACCAGAGUUUGUACUGACAGACUUUGCAAAAAUGGAACGACCUGGACAGCUUCACCUGGGAUAUAUAGCACUGCAUAAAUAUGAGAAAGAACAUGGAGCUCUGCCAAGACCAAGAAAUGAGGAAGAUGCCAAGAAGUUUAUAGCACUAGCCAAGAAGAUUAAUUCGGAAAAGAUAUGCUUGCAAGUAGACGAAGUUGAUGAGAGCCUGUUGAUGCAGCUAGCAUAUAAUGCUAGAGGUGACAUUUGUCCCAUGCAGGGAGUUAUUGGAGGAAUUACUGCCCAGGAAGUCAUGAAGGCAUGCAGUGGAAAGUUCAACCCCAUCUUUCAGCUUCUUUACUUUGACAGUCUGGAAUGCUUACCUGAAGAAGGAGACAUAUCUGAAGCCUCAUGCCAACCUACUGGAUCAAGAUAUGAUGCACAAGUUGCAGUCUUUGGAAGUGAAUUCCAAAAGAAACUGUCAGAACAGAAGUACUUUAUUGUUGGUGCUGGUGCCAUUGGAUGUGAACAUCUUAAAAACUUUGCCAUGAUGGGAAUAGGUUGCAGUGUUGCAGGUCAAGUGUUUGUCACAGAUAUGGACACCAUCGAGAAAUCAAACCUGAACAGACAGUUCCUGUUCAGACCAGGAGAUGUGCAGCAAAUGAAAUCAGAAGUUGCAGCAAGAGCAGUGAAAGUCAUGAAUCCUGAGAUCAAUAUUACAGCUCACCAGAACAGAGUUGGACCAGAAACAGAAAAAAUAUACAAUGAUGAUUUCUUUGAAGCUCUUCAUGGUGUGACGAACGCGUUGGAUAACAUUGAUGCUAGAAUGUACAUGGACAGGAGGUGUGUAUACUAUCACAAACCACUCUUGGAAUCAGGAACCUUGGGAACAAAAGGAAAUGUCCAGGUUGUGCUGCCUUUCCUGACAGAAUCUUACAGCUCCUCGCAGGAUCCACCAGAAAAAUCCAUUCCUAUUUGUACUCUGAAGAAUUUCCCCAAUGCCAUUGAACAUACUUUACAGUGGGCAAGAGAUGCGUUUGAAGGUCUCUUCACUAUUCCUGUGGAGAAUGUUAACCAAUUUCUCAGCGACCCAAAGUUUGGUGAAAGGACAGACAAGCUCCCUGGGAUGCAAGCGGCUGAAAUUUACGAGAGCAUAAAGAAAUGUCUUGUUGACGACAGGCCGCGUGAGUUUGCUGACUGUGUGAGCUGGGCCAGAGUACAGUUCCAAGAAAACUACCACAACACAAUCAAACAACUGCUGUAUAACUUUCCUCCUGACCAGGUGACCAGCUCAGGGCAGCCAUUUUGGUCUGGUCCUAAGCGUUGUCCUCAUCCUCUGGAGUUUGAUCCUUGUGAGCAUACUCACAUGGACUAUAUUGUUGCUGCUGCCAACUUGAGAGCAUACAUGUUUGGAAUAAAAGGUUCAAGAGACCACAAGCUCAUUCUUGAUAGUUUGAAAACUGUCAAGGUGGCAACGUUUAAACCCAGAUCAGGCGUGAAAAUUUCUGUCACCGACGAAGAGGCAGCCCAAGAAAGCUCAGGAAAUAUUGAUGAAGAAGACCUUGAAAAGACGAAAGCCGCUGUUCUGGCAGCAAAAGAGCGCAUGCCAAACUUCAAGAUGCUGCCAGUUGAAUUUGAAAAGGAUGAUGACACGAAUUUCCAUAUGGACUUCAUAGUAGCAGCCUCCAACUUAAGAGCGGCUAACUAUGACAUUCCACCGGCUGAUCGACACAAGAGUAAAUUGAUUGCUGGAAAGAUUAUCCCUGCCAUCGCUACCACAACCGCCCUGGUAAGCGGUCUGGUGGCACUUGAGUUGUACAAGAUCGUUCAAGGAAAUAAGAAACUGGAGACCUUCAAGAACGGGUUUAUAAAUCUUGCCUUGCCGUUCUUCGGAUUUUCUGAGCCGAUCCCCGCACCGAAAAACAAGUAUUACGACAAGGAGUUUACGCUUUGGGAUCGGUUUGAAGUCAACGGUCUGAAAGACGAUGGCAGCGAGAUGACUAUGCAGGACCUUUUUGAUUACUUCCAGAAUGAGCACGAGCUUAAAGUAACUAUGCUUUCCCAAGGAGUUUGUAUGUUGUACUCAUUCUUCAUGCCUCCUGCGAAGAUGAAGGAAAGACUUGCCACACAGGUUUCUUUGGCUGUGGAAAAGGUUUCCAAGAAAAAAAUUAAACCUUACGUCAAAGCCCUGGUCCUCGAGCUUUGUUGCAAUGAUAAAGAGGAUGAGGAUGUCGAAGUCCCGUAUGUGCGCUACCGUUUCCGGUAGACUUUACAUAAAGUGCCGUAUGCGGCUACCAGUCCCACGCGCACCUACAAAUACCAAAAAGAAAGGAAAAGUUACUAUUUAGUUAGAACAAUAACGCAUCUGACUGGGGCAUAUGAAGUCCCUGUGGUACCAGUGUAUUUAGUUUAGUUCUGUUUUUUGCUACUUAUUAUCUCCUGUGUGAAAGCACCUUUGAAUUAAUAAAGAAAACCACGUCAGUAGAAAAA